AUGGGGCUGGCACUCUUCAAGGAUCACCGCUCUUCUUAUCUGGAAGGAGCUCCCGCCUUGGCUGCCCGGCCGUGGCACAAACCUUCCCAGCUUGGAAGAGACAGUAAACUCACGUGUGGAGCGGAGCAAGUGGGAAGGAAUGGGCACCGUGAUGGCCCACCCACUCCAGUGGGGGAUGCCUGGGGCGUCAGGGGAGAGACCCUGGCACUGGCAUUUGAUGUCCUGGGCUCUUGCUGUGUCCCUUCCAUUUUGGGAUCUUGGGCAAAUCACUUUACAUUUCUAACAUUAGCUGCUUCAGAAUUUUAUGCAAAGUGUCCGGUCACCCUUAGCCCAUCUUCCUCCUUCUAUGAGACUAAAUUAUCAGUAAGGCAAAUAAAAUUGGUAGAACUUCCUAACUGUAAAUUAGGAAAAGGAAUAGAAACUGGCUCUAAAGACUUGGAGAUAGUUCGUAAUGGACUGGCUUUCAUUUGCUCCGAGAACACCCCCAAAGUGGAUGAUGAUGAUGAUGAUGAUGAUGAUGAUGAUGAUGAUUUUAAUCAGCUCUUCAAAUACCUGCUGGUGGUGAACCAUCCAGAUUUUAAGUCCACGGUUGAGUUGUUUAAAUUUCAAGAAGAAGAAAAGUCACUUUUGCAUCUGAAAACCAUCAAACACAAACUUCUGCCUAAUUUGAAUGGCAUUGUCAGUGUGGGACCGGAACACUUCUAUGCCAUCAAUGAUCACUAUUUUGUUGACCCCUACCUGAGAUCCUGGGAGUUGUAUUUGGGUCUAGCGUGCUCAUUUGUUGUUUACUACAGUCCAAAUGAAGUUCGAGUGGUGGCCAGCGGAUUUGAUUUUGGUGGAAUCAACGUCUCACCUGAUGGCAAGUAUGUCUAUAUAUCUGAAGUGCUGGCUCAUAAGAUUCAUGUGUAUGAAAAGCAUCCUAAUUGGACUUUAACUCCAUUGAAGCCUCUGGACUUUAACACACUUAUGGAUAAUGUAUCCAAGGAUCCUGUGACAGGGGACCUUUGGGUUGGUCGCCACCCCAAUGGCAUGAAAAUCUUCUUCUGCGACGCAGAGCAUCCUACUGGAUCAGAGGUGCUCCAAAUCCAGAAGAUUUUAGAAGAACCCAAAGUUACAGUGGUUUAGGCAGGAAAUGGUACAGUGUGAAGUACGGUUGCCUCUGUAUACAAAGGGAAACUGCUGAUUGGUACUGUGUUCCACAAAGCUCUUUAUUGUGCGCUCUAA